AGCCGAUGUCGUGCCUGAUGCCUUUCGCAAUCAAAUCAUUGUUGUUGGCUAUGUCUACCGUAUUCGCGGUGUAGGUUAUCAUUGGUGUAAUGCAAGAUUGGCCUUUUGGGCCUGGUCUGGCCUGUCAAGGGAGGGCGACGGGAGAAGUGGGCUGGUGACAUGUUGGUCCGGAUCAUUUAAGUGCGGAAGCCAUGCCGAUCGUGCGCGCAGUACCACACCAAACCAUACCAUGCGCUCUUAGCUCACUCUAGACGACUGCACCGGUGCGAGUCUAGAUUAGCCAUUCACCAGCCUAUGCUCCACACUCGCUCUUAAACGUCUGCUGCUCACUACCGUCUGUGCCGUAGCUGCUGAUCUCGAUCUGAUCAAGAGUGAUGCUAUUCUAUGCUAGUCGGAACAACCCACCCCACCGUGCAGAAGAGAGUUCAAACUCCCAUCUCCCAUCGCCUUAUGUCAGCAUACGAUCCCCCUCCUACCUCAGCACAAGCACGUCGUUGUAAAGGCAAGUUGCACUGGAAAGUAUCUUCUAGCUCUCCAAGAAAGCUCUCACCUCUCGCUCCGUCCGAUGUACAAACAAAUCCCGCUGGGAAGCUUACAAACUUCCGCACUCUGUCUGCUUUCGGGAAAAUCAUUAGUAAAUCUGAGAUGCGCUCUCUGCUUCUUUAUCAAUUAAUUACCUAAAAGCCUUUCUUGCUCUUCCUCUUGCUUUGUGGAAGAGUGCACUUUCCUCCUAUUUGGUAAAGCAAGGCAUUAUCUUAUUCCUGUUCGCCCUCCUCCUCCUAUCAAGAUUGUGGGCUCUUUCUCUCUUUCUCUCUUUCUCUUUCUUUCCGUUAUGGCAGUGGUCGUAUACU